UCUGUGGUGCAGGGAGGUGGAAAAUAUCGGUUAUGUAUUCAGCAACGACAAAAAGCUUUUUUUUAUAAUUUUUUUUGUUCUGUCAAGCCUUGCGUGUUCAGUUUAAAGAGUCGACAAGCGUGAACACGUUCAGAGAGAAGCAGCGGAUGCACCGGGGGAAUUAUGUGAUGCGGUGGAAGUUUUCAUCUCCAACCCACAGCUGGCUCCAGGGAUGAACCCGACACUUCCAUGAACUCCUUCGGUUUCGCGGUUCGAGGCCUCCCCCUGGCCUUGGCGUCCAUGACGCAGGCCACUGUCUCCGACCUGCGCUUCCAUCCCAGAUGGAGAGCAAUAAUCGUGACCACCCUGCUGGCCUUAGUGCUCAUGCUGUACUUGCACCGGACCAUAGGGAACACAGACACACCGACCAGAAGUAGUUUUCAAACUCGCAGAGAGGAGGAUGUGAGAUCACAAAGACUCUCUUGGUGUCUAAAGAGGAAAAAGCCCUACAAUGACACAUACCCGUUGAGUCCACCAGAGAGGACGCCGCACGGCGUUCGCUACCGUAUAGGAGCGAUUGCCGACCUGGACACGGCGUCCCAAAGCUCCAAGGGUCAGACGUGGUUCAGCUACAUGAAAAGAGGCUACGUGACCGUUUCGGAGAGCGCGGACAAACUGGAGGUGGAGUGGGAUGCAGACACCGUCACCUUGGAGAGCAGUCUGGCUGAGAAAGGACGAGGUAUGGAGCUGUCAGAGCUGGUGGCCUUCAACGGUCAUCUUUACAGUGUGGAUGACCGCACAGGUGUGGUGUACAGGAUUGAGGGGAGCAGAGCCGUUCCCUGGGUGAUACUUCCUGAUGGCGACGGGUCCGUGUCUAAAGGAUUCAAGGCGGAGUGGCUGGCAGUGAAGGAUGAGCACCUGUACGUCGGAGGUCUGGGGAAAGAGUGGACGACGACAUCCGGGGAAUUCGUCAACAACAACCCCGAGUGGGUGAAAGUGAUCGACUACAAGGGCGGCGUGGAGCAUGAAAACUGGUUGCCUUACUACGCCACCCUGCGGAGAGCUGCAGGGAUCAAACCACCAGGUUACCUCAUCCAUGAAUCGGCAGCUUGGAGCGAGCGCCUCCAGCGGUGGUUCUUCCUACCUCGCCGUGCCAGCCACGAGCACUAUGAGGAGGCGGCUGACGAGCGUCGAGCCACCAACCUCCUCCUGUCCUGCCCUGCGGACUUCAGACACGUGACCACGCAGCGCGUCGGACCUUUUAACCCCACCCACGGCUUCUCCUCAUUCAAAUUCGUUCCAGACACAGACGACCAGGUCGUCCUGGCUCUGAAGUCGGAGGAGGACGCAGGCAGGAUCGCCACUUACAUCAUUGCUUUUACGCUGGACGGGCGGCUGCUGAUGCCCGAGACCAAGAUGGGAGAUGUGAAGUACGAAGGGCUGGAGUUCAUUUGAAAGGUGGCGGGGUGAGAGUUUCAUAUCGCAUUAUGCUAGAGAGCAUCGGGAUAACAAGGGUAAAACUUUUUGUGAAAGCACAGGUGAAAGGUCAACCGAACAACUGUGAAAAAUGUACAUCUGCUGAUGUCUCCCAUCAGCAAACACCAGAGUCAAACCUACAUCACAGCAGUGCUGCUAGACGUUUUUUCUUUUCUUUAUUUAAUUUUGAGAAGAGACCCGUAAAAGUAAAAUGCUUUUAAAACAAUAAUUAGGACUCACACCAAACAUUAAAGGAACAUAUUAAAUUGGUUUUUGAA